AUGUUCCGCCGAUUGGCAGAGCCUACGGGUGCGAAUAAUGCACUCAGCCAAGUGCUCUACGGCCUAGCCCUAAGACACGGCUGGGGCUGCCCUCAAGAUCCCGACAAAGCGGUGACAUAUCUCUCAGCGGCGGCGUCCAACUCCGCCUCGAUCGAGUCCCAAGCCCUGCAGGCGGGUAUCAAAAAAGGCGGUGCAGCUAAGGGAGAGCUCGUCCUCGCAAUUUUCGAGCUGGGAAACUGUUUCCGUAACGGUUGGGGCGUCCAGAAAGACCCUGCGGCCGCACGACAGUACUUUGAGACGGCCGCCAAUCUAGGCGACACAGAUGCCAUGAAUGAAACGGCAUGGUGCUACCUUGAGGGAUUUGGGGGGAAGAAGGACAAGUAUACGGCCGCCAAAUACUACCGAUUGGCCGAAGAAAAAGGCAACAAAUUAGUUGGGAAUUCUUGGAUCUGGAAGGACAAAUACAAUCCCAAGUGA